AUGGACGAGAGGCUCGCCCAGCCGCCGCCGCCGCCGCAAUUCCAGCUCGGGAACCCCAUGUCCGGCCCGGCGUCGCCCUACUCCGCGCUCCACCCUCUCCUCCUCCCGUCCACGAACCCGCACCUCCUCCUCAAGCCCAAGACGCUGACCCUCUCGCUCUCCUCCUCCUCCCUCGCCUCGAUGCCCUCCUCCUCCUCCCCGCCCGCCCCCGCCUCCGACGCAUGGGAACUCGUCCACCCAACCGUCCCCGUUGCCGCCGCUUCCCCCAUAGACGGCGGCCUCGACGACUGCGCCAUCUUCCCACCGCGCCUUCACGAGGGCCUGGGGCUCGAGGCGGAGGCCGAGGAGGCCGCGACCAAGGAAGAGAAGGAGGAGGAGACUGAUGACGAGGAGGAGUGGCUGUGGGGGUGGGGGAGAUGCCGCGCGGCGGCGACGCGCGCGUGGGCGGCCGGGUCAGGGGCCGUGCUCGUGCAUGGAGAGUGCGGAUGUCCCGGGCUGUUGUACGUGCGCCGGCGAGACAGGAGGGAGAGGGACCUCCUCGUCAUGCUCUCGCAGGAGAAGGAUAAGAGGAUAGCGCAACUUCUGCAUCAAAUUGCUUUACUGAGUGACAUCAGAGGCGGCAGCGAAGCAAUUAAAAUUAUGAGGAACUCUUAA